CUCGUUCGGGCAACAGUGGCAGCCACAUUAGUCGCAGCAGACACGGGUGACGACCAACAACACAAGAGUGGCAGAGAGCGCGGCAGAGAUUCGCACGGUAAAGAGAGAGACGAGUCGAGACGAGAAGCGCGCGCACGGAUCAGUGGAUGCGGAUUAAACGAAUCUGAGCAAAUCGCGAGUGUCUAUCUCCAUGGAAUGAUCGAUCGAUCUGGUCGCGCGGGAGGUCCAACUGCCAACAAAGAUCAAAGUGUAUGUCCCCCAGCCCCAACCAUUUACGAUAAGGUGUGGAUAAGUGCGUGAUAAUUAUCAGAAACCCAGAUCGUUUGGCCCGAAAAUGUGCUAAUCAGAUCUCAGUUUUGGUUCAACAACUCAGACGCCCCGUCGCAAAGUGGCGAUCGAAACGUAACCGGGCACCAGUGCUCCAGCACCAACUGGCGCCAAUUUGUAUACAAAUUUCAUGCCUUAAUUGAAACUAACAUUAUAGCCAAGUGGCAAGUGCGAAAAGUUAACGACUAGUCAACAGCUCUGCUUGCUCCGCAGCCCCAGUUCCAGUCCCAAAACAUCUAUUCCUCCCUCCAUUUCGCGCAGUGUGCAAAUUGAAUCUCCGUCGCAGGGGCAGAGAAAGUUGGCGGAGAAAGAGUAGCGGUGGAAGAGCAAAAUCAACAGCCGGUAACCAACGAAGCAAUUGUGGAGUUCUUCAGUCAACUAACGCCGCCCGACAUGGACCCAGAGUCGCAGUGUCCGCAGUACGGCGAGGUGAACCAACUGGGCGGUGUCUUUGUCAAUGGGCGACCAUUGCCGAAUGCGACGCGCAUGCGGAUCGUGGAGCUGGCCCGGCUGGGCAUCCGGCCCUGUGACAUUUCCCGCCAGCUGCGGGUGAGUCAUGGCUGUGUGUCCAAGAUACUGGCGCGCUACCACGAGACGGGCUCCAUACUGCCGGGCGCCAUCGGAGGCUCCAAGCCGCGCGUAACCACGCCCAAGGUGGUCAACUACAUCCGCGAGCUGAAGCAGCGCGAUCCGGGCAUCUUUGCCUGGGAGAUUCGGGAUCGACUGCUCAGUGAGGGAAUCUGUGACAAGACGAAUGUGCCCAGCGUUAGCUCCAUUUCCCGCAUCCUGCGCAACAAGCUGGGCAGCAUUGGGCACCACCAUGCACCGGGCGGAUCGGCUGGCUCGGGAUUGGGCAGUGGAAACAGCAGCAACGGAAACGGCGGGGGCGGCGGCAGCGGCAAUGUGGGUGGCAGUGCCAGUCAGCUUGGCAGCAAUGGCAACGGCAUGAAUGUGGGAAACACACACCCGGGCGCCCCGCAUCAUCACCACCAUCAUCAUCAGACGGCAGCCGUGGCAGCGGCCAGCGCCCAUCAUGUCCACGCCCAUGCCCACGCCCACGCCCACCUCUACAAUUCCAUCUAUCAGCCGUACAGUGCCGCCGCCGCGUACAGCAUGAAGGCCGUCUCCUGCGGCAGCCCCUCACCACCGCAGGGAUCGGGCGGUCAGACGCAUCCCCAUCAGCUGCGCAGCGUGGCCGCCGCCGCAGCAGCCGCCCACUGGCCAUCGUCGCAUUCUGUCAGCGAUAUCCUGGCCCACCACCAGGCUGUCGCCUUGCGUGCCAGCUGCCAGGUGGGCGUUGGCGUUGGCGUUGGCAUGGGCAACACAGUGUCGCCGCUGCCAAUGACCCCGUCGCCGGUGACCGGUGGAGCCAGUGCGGGCCAACCGCUGCUCGACUGCGAGGGUGGACAACAGACGCCCUACAACUACUACAUGUACUUUCAAAAUGGAGGCAUGCACCAUCAUCACCAUCACGGCGGUAUGAUGGCUGCCGGAGCCACGGGCUUAUGAGGAUUCAGCAGGAAAGCUUCGCCGGAGGCCAUUAGUCAUUGUUUGAGCUGGGGGGUUGGUUAUGGGUGCGAAACGCAGAGCUCUUGUCGGAGACGGUUCCAGUGAACACUUUCGCCGGCAAAACGUUGCCUUUACAGUGCAUACUUUUGGGAGAAGUUUCAACGUGCCGACAGAUAGUUUUGGAUGCCAAUUGGGACCAUAUUUCUAUACGAAUUUCAUGUAAUUUUGGAGAUUUUUCUUUGUGUUUGUUUUUCUUUCUUGGAUUGUUAGAGUUUCGAGUUGGAUUUAGUCAGAUGAACGGCAAGCAACUCUUUAUGUUGAAGUAUUGAAUUCGGAUUUGCGGAAUGGUUAAUGUUAAUCGAAAUAUAUUAAGGGAUAUGUAUGGAAGUGUAUG